AUGGUCACCACAGCAGACCCCUUUGAGGAGGCCACUGACUCAGGAGAUGGCCACACAGGCAGCACUGAGAUGGGUGACCCUGAGGCCAUGGACCUCAGCUCAUACCAGCAACCCAUGGACCCCGAUCACAAGGAGGAGCAUGAUGAUGAUGAUGAUGAGGGAAACGUCAGCAAAGCAGUACUGAAGCUCUCUGGAAUGGUUCAAGACCAUCCUGCUCAGAUACUAGCUGAUACUGGUGCUGGUUUGUCCAUAGUCUCAGAUUCUUUCAUUAGUAAGUACCAAAUACCCACAAAACCCAUAAAAACAAGAUCAAUCCAUGGUGUCACCAGGCACCAACUCUCCAUCAAUAGUUCUGCGAGCAUGCAGGUAUCUAUUGGUACACACAAUCUGGGUGUGGUCAAAGCUUCAGUGGCUGACACUGCUGACUAUGACCUCAUCCUGGGGUUCACUGAGCUACGGAGGCUCAAACCCACCAUACAAUGGGAUAUGGGCCAGCUGGAGUUCAAGACUCAGGAGCAGGACCGACCCCCAAGGAGACCCCCUGAAGCAGCAAGAGCAGGGGACCUAACCAUGAGGAGACCAACCCUCCAUGGUAACGAGUUUGUCUCAGCAGAGCACAUACUACAAGCAGCUCUGGAAGAUGGACCCAUAGGGUUCAUGCUGUUAGAGGAGCCACCAUCAUCACUCCCAGCCUUUGGUUUUGUACCUACAGGCACAGACAAAGGAGUCGAGAUGGAGGUGGAGGUAGACAAGGUGGUGAUGGCUGCAGACAUACCAAAGCCAUACCAACACCUGCAAGAUGUGUUCAAUGAGGUGGAAGCAGACAAGCUGCCCCAUCAUACCAAGCAUGAUCUCCACCUCAAGUUGAUAGAAGGAGGUAAGCCACCUCAAGGGCCCCUAUACCUUAAGGGACCCAAGGAGAUGUCCGAGUUGAGGAGGUACUUGGAUGAGAACCUCAAGAAGGGGUUCAUAAGACCAUCGAAGAGCCUGGCACAAUCACCAGUGCUCUUUGUACCAAAGAAGGAUGGAGGUCUCAGACUCUGUGUGGACUACCAAGGUCUUAAUGAGAUCACUGUCAAGAACAGGGCACCAUUGCCCCUCAUCGAGGAGCAGCUGUUCUUACUCAGGAAGGCAAGGAUCUAUACCAAGCUAGACCUUAGAGCAGCAUACAACCUCAUCCGGAUUGCUAAAGGAGAUGAAUGGAAGACAGCUUUUGGCACUCAGUUGGGACUCUAUGAGUACCUAAUAUAUGUAGUGGUAUACUUAGAUGACUUCCUGAUCUUCAGUGACACCAAGGAGGUACAUGUGAAGCAUGUCACUGAGGUCCUCACUCGCUUAAGAAGCAACAGACUCUUUGCUAAGCUGUCAAAGUGUGAGUUCCACACCAAGACAGUCGAGUUCCUGGGGUACAUCAUCAAACUGACAGGCAUAGAGAUGGACCCAGAAAAGGUGCACACUGUCAAGGAGUGGCCAAUGCUGGAGUCAAUCCAUGACAUCCAAAGGUUCCUGGGUUUUGCCAACUUCUAUCGAAGGUUCAUAGCCCACUUUGCUCGCAUAGCCAAGCCCUUGACAUCACUGGUAAAGCCUAUAGAAUGGUUCAAGAAGUUCGAGCUGCCAGAGGAGGCCCAACAGGCCUUCCACCAGCUCAUCCAGGCAUUCACAUCAGCAGGAGUGCUUCAGCACUUCGACUACCACCUUCCAACAAGGUUGGAGACCGAUGCAAGUGACUUUGCUAUAGCAGGAGUACUCAAACAGGAGCAUGAAGGACGAUGGCAUCCAGUGGCCUUCUACUCUAGGAAGAUGUCUUCUGCUGAGAAGAACUAUGAGAUCCAUGACAAGGAGCUCCUAGCUGUGGUUGCUUGCCUUACUCAGUGGCGACACAUGCUAGCUGGACUACUGAGCCAACUGGUCAUCCUCACUGACCAUGAAGCCCUCAAGUACUUCAAGUCACAGAGAUGCAUCACAGGAGACAAAGGUGGUGAACCUGAUGCUCUCACCAGAAGGACAGACAUGCAACCAGCUGGUGAAGAGCGAGAUCACAAUGUGAGGCAACUACUGCCUCCUCAAGUGUUCAAGGAGACAGCAGACCAUGACUCGACCCUAGUGGCCCCUAUGCUCUUGAUGGAGUCCAUAGCAUCAAAAGGUCUCAGAGACCUGGUCAAGAUCUUCCAGCCCUUAGACCAAGAGCUACAGGAGAUACAUAAGAAGAAGCCCUUCGAGGUCAAGGACGACCUAUGGUACAGUGGAGGAAGGUUGGUUAUCCCCAAAGUGAUCAUGCCAGGGAGGACCAACAACCGACACUCAAGGAGUGCCAAAGAGGUAGAUGGACAGUCUCUCUCUGUAGAGCAUCUGCGAUUCAUGGUGAUGACCCAAUGCCAUGAUGCUUGGAUUGCAGACUAUGUAGCAAGUUGUCCUGUAUGUACUAGGUACAAAGCUCCUCGUCACUGUCCAUAUGGUUUGCUACAGCCACUAGCAACACCAGACAGGCCCUGGGGCUCCAUAUCCCUCGACUUCAUCGAAGGACUACCACCAUCAAGGAACUAUGACUCCAUCCUUGUCAUUGUCAACAGGCUGACCAAGUUUGCCAUACUAGCUCCAACCCAUAAGACAGUCACGGCCAAACAGACUGCAGUGUUGCUAUACAGACACAUGGUUAGACUUUUCGGAUACCCAGAUCACAUGGUCUCGGACCGAGGUGUCAGGGGUCUCGCGCCUGAAACCCAGGUCGGUCUGUCGAGAUACUUGGUGACUAUCAAACUGUGUGACAGCUAUUGUCUCAGUAUCGGUGACUAUCAAGUUGUGCAGUGA